UCCAACACACAGGCUCUCACCACUCGUGCUUGCUUCUUGGCUCCCCAGCUGGCUGCUCUGACCAGUCCUUACAGUUUUUCUCCACUGGCCUGCCCAUCCACUCCAAUUUUGUCCUGUCCUCCUUGCAAUUGUGGGAUUUUGUUUUUUUCUUCUUUUUUUUGUCCAAGUGAUGUGUUGUUCAGUGGGCUUCGCCAGGUCUCUGGGCCUGGCUCUGUUGCCUCUGGCCCUCUGUUGUAUCCUGGCCAAUAUGCUCCUCUUGUUUCCUAUGGGAGAAAUGACAUACAUCCAGGAGGGGCGCCUGGCCCGCUACAUCUGGUACUUUGGUGGCUUGGGUGGUGGAGGACUGCUGAUGCUGGUUCCUGCUAUAAGCUUCAUCACUUUGGGAAAAUGUAGUUGCUGCUGGAAUGAGAGCUUGAUGAUGUCUGGGUCAGUGUUGGCAGCGGUGGUGGGCCUGGUCGGGGCAAGCUACUGCUUCGUUAUUUCAGGCCUCGCCUUGAUGCAGGGUCCGCAGUGCUUCACUUCUCUUGGGUGGUCGUACCCCUUCGCAGAUCAAGGAGGACGGUAUCUGCUGCAAUCGGAGACGUGGCCUGUGUGCCUCCAGCCACUUCACAUUGUCGAGUGGAACGUGACUCUUCUGUGUGUUCUGUUGGGCCUGGCUGUGCUAGAGUUCAUCCUGUGCCUUUUACAGCUGGGCAGCGGUUUAGUCAACGCUGUCUGCCGGCCUUGUUGCUAUAAGCAGGAGUAUAGUUUGAAUGCUUAGACACUCGCACCCAACAUUUACUUACGCCUAAAUACAGUCUUGCAACAGCUAUAUACCGAAGGCCACAUGUCAACACUGGUGUCCACAGUUCAGAUCCAUGAGUAUAUUUCCUUUAAAACCAAUCACACAGCAUCAAUACUGAGAUUACACAAUGCAUAUUUGCAGUCCAGGAAAUCCAUGAAAAUGUACAAGUGAUGAAACAGGAUUGGGGAAGUCUACUGAAUAAUGUAGCAACACAAAGGCCUUGGUUAAGGAGACUACUCAGUCUGCUACUUCUCUCUAUGUUAUUAUAAUAGUAGAAUUCAUUUUUUAUAAACUCUUAACUCGAAGAGACUCGUAGCAACUGAUGAGAGAAAAUGGACACAAUUCAAUCAUUAAACACUUAACUAGUUCACGAAUAAACUUAAGAUGCCUUCAACAUGUUUUCUUGCAUGUGAAAUGGUGUAUUUUUUAGUGUCAAUGUGCCUUUUUUGUGACAAGAUUAUUAUGAUGUGGUUGGACGUAUUUGUUCUAUCUGGUAUUGUAGCAUUGGUUCACUACUACAAAAUGUGUUAUGUGUACAUUUGCUCCUAUUUUUUAAGUAUUUUGUUGUACAGUACAUUUUUCUUUGGCUGUUUGGCUCUUAAAUGAUAGUUCAACGUUAAAUGUUUUAUAUCGAUAUUUUGGUGACAUAUUUUUAUCAUGUUUGUUUCUGCUGCCUUGAAUAAAAAAUAUUUCUAUUCCAA